AUGGUUUCUGUGGUGUCUGCUCUAAAGAUGAGCUGCAACGUCAAGAUGAUUCGCGACAAGACCGUCGGUCGAGUCUCGCCGGAAUGGAACGAACUAGCCGCCACUUGCCAACAAUCAGAUAGGCCUUUACCCUUUACAUCUCCAAAGCGGCGCAAACUUAGCCAGACAACUCUCGCCUAG